AUGACGCUAACACUGUAUGGCUUCACAGGAGUCAUUCAGGCAACAAAUGGUCCUGUGAUGCACACUGUGCCUGGCCCCGCUGGAGAGACUGUGAAAGCACUGCUCCCUCUAGUCACACUCCAGGGAACUCACACCGGGGCCGGGCAGGGGGACCUGAGAGACAGAUACUCGAAGGAAGGAAGGGUGGACGAGGCCCCAGUCCAUCGGUUGGAAAUAAUGGGCUAUGUUUUAUUUCUCAGUGGACUGAGGAGGAGAGCAACAUUUUUAGUGUGCAAGUACACGUCCAUUUAUACAAACACGUGUAUAUCCCUUGUUCACACGGUCGUGCACGCUGCUCUUUUUCCUCUCAGUGUAUCUGGAAGACGGUUCCGAAUCAACUGGAUGGGAUUUUUAAUUUCCGAAGGAGGGAGGUGGGGGUGGGCUGGGCCCCUCUCGGUGCCCCGGGUUCCCGGCAGAAGUCUCCAGGACUGUGGGAGUCUGCAGACGCGGAGUUUCCGCGCCAGAGGAGCGGGUCCACGCGGACAGGCAGUUCCAGCCCCGGGUAAGAGCGGCCCCAUCUCCUCCCCGUCCCCGGCGCCGCCAGCAGCAGCCCUGGAGCGAUUUCCCCUCCCCGCCACCCGCGCUCUCUCUCCUCCUGCGCCCAGGCGGGUCUCCGGCUCCGGAUCCGGGCGGCGACGGUGCAGAUGGGGGCGCACAGGGGACGGUCCUGGAGCCCAGCAAGGGUGCGAGCUGGAGGCGGCGGUUCAGAAAAGUCGUCAGGUCUCCAGCGCGGGCAGCGGCGGGAGCUGGAGCCGCGGUCAAGAGGACCCGAGGGGACGCAGCCCGCCUGGCACAAACGGCCACGGGUGUGAGGGACUCGACGAGCUGGGAGGACGCGGUCACCGCUGGUGCGGCGCACUGGGCCCGGUGAUGGGCGCCUUCCCCGGCACAGGAUAUACUUUAUUCAGCUGGGUGCUGAAAAACAAUCUUGGAAAUUAGGAAACUGAAUGAGGCCUCAUUUCACACUCAGAAUGUGGGUUGCAAUAGUCACUUCCUCUGCUGCUGGGAAAGAAAGAAUUAUACUACCUUUUGAAUUUUGGAUUAAAAAGAGAGGUGUUGGCUUGUCAAACUACCGUGUAUUCCUCAAGACAUAUUUUUGUGGCUUUAUAAAAAUUCAAUAUAUAUUUCUAAAUUUAAACAUACUUUGUUGCAACCUGGCCCUUGGACAAAAUGAGGCAUCGGCAGCUGAUGUUUAUGGCUUUCCAUAGAACCUUCCAGAUAAAAUUUACACAGCAUUUUACUGCAGCUAUUUCACAUAAAGCAGAGGAUUUUGCCACAAAACUGAAAGAAAAAAGAAACUGCAUUCUUAAAUUUUUUAUAAAUCAAAAGGUAUAAAAAUAUCUACCUAAAAGGUAAAGGAAAUGAGAAACCCAUCCAUGAUGGAAAGAAAGCCUAUUUCAGCUUUGCCUUUUCUUUAAGUUCUUUGUUCCAUAUCUGGAAUGCAAUCGGAAUUUUAAUCUUUCCUUGGGUUCCUCCUGGAUUUGGGGAGAAGAUAAAAGCUGAAAAUCUCAAAUCUGCCUGUGUUGGGCUGCAUGUCUUGACGCCAGUGGAAGGAUCACACUGCAGAGUGCUGUGCUUGCAGAAGUCCCGCUUCUCAACCUCCAUCGCUUUAUGAAUUAAUUCACCGGAAAGAAAAGGAAGAAUCAACACUUUCAGAGAUGGAGACUGUUGAGCCACAGUAUCAACUAGUCAAUGCUGAAUCCGACUUCUCCCUUUCUACAUUGCCUGAUAGAAGUCAUUGGGGAAUACUCUGUAUUUGAAUUUUCACUGUUGGGGAAAGCAAUUUUUGGAAGUGAUGGGUAGACCUCAGUUUGUAUGUAUUGCGUUAAUUACUAUUUCUUUGCUUUUCCUUUUUUGUGCAGUUGCAGGGAGUCAAGGAAUUGGAUAGUGGAUUGCAUUGGUGGCUUUCCUCAGUUUCCUCAUCUUCUCCACAAGUUUCUACAUAUCGAAUGCAGAGAAGCCCUUCUUCAAAGGACCUCCUAUGGAACCUGCUAAAGAACUCAGGCUGUAGCUCUGUGUGGAGCCAUGUGUAAACACUGAAACGAGACCUGCCACCUCCUACUACCUAAUGACCCCUUUCCAUCUGAGAAGAUCAUUCCCUAGAAACGAACUCAUGCUGACUUCCAUGUUUUUUUAGAUUAGAGAUAUGGAGAAUUUUCCUUUCCCUUAGAAUUAAAAUCCUGC